GCUACCACACCUUGUCCAGUUCCAGUGAGAGAACAGCAUGGAGGAAGUUCUGAAGCGCAACAACCACACCAGCAACUAGGAGCAGAGCAGCAGGAAGUCGGUCAUCAAUUGAUGUACCGCGAUCGGCCUUUGUAUCGGAACGAAACCACCGGCGCCAUCAUUUAUUGGUCGGGUACUUGGAAACUGAAUUGCUGUCAGCGCACAGACGGUUGGCUCUACUGGAACGACUCGCCAGUCGUGAAACAAGCUCCCACUGGGGAAUGGGACGGCGCUGUUGGGCUCUUAGAUGCUGCAUAUUUUCCGGAACGGGCACUGCCUGUAGGGCAUCCUGGACGAGCACCUCUUUUGUCAUCAGCGGCGAACUUUAGUUCUGGUGGGACGAGUAGUACGAAAAGCGGCACAAAGUGUUUUCUUAGACGAGGGACCACGGAUUGGAUACGAGACCAACCAGCAAGUCGUGCACCAAUUGCAGUACAACAAGAACAUGGACAAAAUGAAACUACAGCAAAACCAUCUUCAUCUUCUUCUGCACAUCAGCUAACGAUAGGGUCUCUAGUGGU